AUAUUAAUCACCAGAGUUCCCAACUAACCUAAACUGACAGUUGGAGACGUGUGGCUAAUUCAUCGUAAUCGCGAGAGCGAAUGAGUUGGACCUUGUCGUUGGUUGUGACAAUCAACCGCCUCAGCAUUUCACAACUUGAUUUCAUCGAUAACAGUGGUUACCAAUAGCAUUUGAGACGCUAACGUUAGCUGUACUUAGAUAGACAAGCUAGGUGUUUAAAAAGUUGGAUAACGGUCACGCUGCAGAUGACACUAGAAGCGUGUGUAUGGCGGGUCCGGUCCAGUUCCUCUGCAGGACGCUCCGGACUGUGGGACUGGUUCUCUUCUACUAUGUCUUCUCUAUUGGCAUCACCUUCUAUAACAAAUGGCUCAUGAAGGGCUUCCACUAUCCACUUUUCAUGACUUUAGUCCACCUGGCCCUCAACUUCUGCCUGUCGGCGCUGACCCGACAGGUCAUGCAGUGUUGGACAGGGAAGACUCGAGUUAUUCUGAGCUGGACGGAUUACCUCCGCAAAGUGGCUCCCACAGCCUUGGCAACCACACUGGACAUCGGACUGUCCAAUUGGAGUUUCCUCUUCAUCACCAUUAGCUUGUACACCAUGACCAAGUCUUCUGCAGUGCUCUUUAUUCUCUUUUUCUCGUUGGUCUUUAAACUGGAGGAGCCGAACUCAUUCCUGAUUGUCGUGGUCCUGCUGAUCUCCUGCGGCUUGUUCAUGUUUACCUUCCAAUCGACCCAGUUCAACAUGGAGGGCUUCCUCAUGGUGCUGCUGGCAUCUUUCAUCGGGGGGAUCCGCUGGACCCUCACUCAGGUGCUCACGCAGAAAGCGGAGCUGGGCCUCCAGAACCCAGUCGAUGCCAUGUAUCACCUCCAGCCUCUCAUGUUUCUUGGCCUCUUUCCUCUCUUCCUGUAUAAUGAAGGCUUGAGCAUUAGCACUUCUGACAAGUUAUUCCGGGGGACUGAGCUCUUGCCGCUCUUGCACUCGGUCUUCUUACUAAGCAUCGGUGGAGUUCUGGCUUUUGGUCUCGGCUUUUCAGAGUUCCUGCUCGUCUCCCGAACCUCCAGCCUCACGUUAUCCAUAUCAGGGAUCUUUAAGGAGAUAUGCACUUUGGUUCUGGCAGCAUCGGUGAUGGGAGACCAAAUGAGUGUCCUCAACUGGCUGGGCUUCGCCGUGUGUCUGUCUGGUAUCGCUUUGCAUGUCGGACUCAAAGUCCACUAUUCCAAAAACAAGAAUCAGUCCUUACGACAGCUGAACAGUAAGAGCCCAGAGCUUGAGUUGCCUUUGCUGCGACAUAAUGACGAUGAAGACUCCGCUGCUGAAAAUGAAGACGAAAUUACCCUCCGCUGAUAUCAUCAAAUAGUCCAAUGUCUGCCAGUUUUUUUUUUCCGCCUUCCUAAAACUGUUCAAUGUACAGCCUACUGCCAAGGGGGAAAGGUAACCAUCGUGUUGGUUCAUUUAAUUUAUAAUCAUUCCGUCAUUAUGGCUUAUUAAUGACUUGACCCAGAGAAGGAAGCAUGUGAAUCUGCUUUAUGUAGCUUUUCUAUUUCAGUGUCCACAUCAUAUGAUUGAACUGUGAGAGAAUGAGGCUGAAAUUGUUCACUGUAAAGGGGUCUCUGGCCUCUUCUCAAAUUAUUUUCUUUUGCUUUUUUUGGAUCAAUAAACAAAUGUAAUAUAAACCAAGUAGACGUAAACACAAAAUGCAGUUUUUAAAAGGUUGGUGAAAAAAUAUUCAAAUCUGUAUUUUAUCUUUACGUGGCUUAUUUUUAUGUUAUACUUACAUUUGUUUGCUGAUCUUAAACAUCGUACAUUCCCCUAAUCCUGAUGUAUUUUAAGUGAAGUGCACAUCAAUAUGGAAAAAGUCUCACUCCUUGGACAUCAACUUUUGUAGGAAAAAGGUGCUUGGAAACACAUUUCCACAAAUUAAUUCAUUUUAAAUGGCAAAUUAUCAGCUACCACUGGCUUAAAUUUCAGAUCAUAAUUCAACCCAAAUGUGCCUUAUUUACCUCACACUUUUCAAUUAAGCUAAGUUUAAUAGAAAUGUACAAUCCGGUCUUUGGUAUACAUGGAAAAUGUUAAUUAUUAUUAAAAUGUUUUUUGUGGCAUCCUGAA